AUGACACUGGGAGACUUCUUCUGGCUCGACGACGACGAGUUCGUCAGAAGACUUCGAAAGACCCCUACAGAAGAGCUCAAGUUCAGCGACAAGCACAACGUACGAAAACGCAAAGGCGGCAAGCUCGGCGCCUGGGUCGGCACGGCUCAAGCCCCUUUCACACUGGGUAUCAGCUUCAUCGGCGAUACUGCAUUUGCCGCGUUCACUGUGGGUGCUGGAGCGGCGGUUGGGAUGGGGUUCGCGCCUGGCUGCGAGUUUGCGGCUCAGGAGUUUGCUGAGGCUGGGGCGACGAAUGCGGCGACAUACUUGACUGGUCUUGCUGUCGGAGAGGUCAGUCAGAAUGUUGGAUCAUUGGCGACGGAAGUGGCGAGUGCGAAGUACACCGAUUUGGAUACUUAUCACAGGGCAUCGAGUGAGAAGAAGGCUUAA